AUGCCACGUGUCCACAUAGGACGCCCGAGCUACAACGUCCGGGAGAAGGACAUCCAGGGCUUUUUCAGUGGCUAUGGCCGCCUUCUCGAAAUAGACCUUAAAAAGGGGUAUGUCUUUGUGGAGUUCGAAGACCAUGGCGACGCCGGCGAUGCCGUGUAUGGGCUGAACGGCAGGGAGCUCUGCGGCGAGCACGUGAUUGUGGAGCACGAUCGUGGAGCAUGCUGGGGGCCGCGUCGCGAGCGUGGCGGCUACAGCUACGGAAGCCGCAGUGGUGGAGGCGGAUACGGCAGUCGGAGAACCUCUGGCAGAAGUGAAUCUGGACCACCUGUACGCGCAGAAUUCAGGCUUAUUGUAGAACACCUUUCUAGUCUUUGCAGUUGGCGAGAUUUAAAGGAUUUCAUGAGACGAGCAGGUGAAGUAACCUUUGCGGAUGAUCACGAAGAACGCACAAAUGAAGGCGUCAGUGAGUUUCGCUCCUACUCGGACAUGAUGCGUACUUUGGAUAAGCUGGACGGUAUGAAAACCAAUGGGAGAAAUAUUAGACUAAUGGAAGAUAAACCACGAACAAGCCACAGGCGGUCUUAUUCUGGAAGCAGAUCAAGGUCACGGACUAGAAGAAGGUCACGAAGUAGAAGUCGUAGGAGCAGCCACGGUAGAUCUCGAAGUAUCUCAAAAAGUUGCUCCCGGUCCAGGUCUCGGAGCAAAGGUCGAUCACGUUCUCGUUCAAAAGGCAGGAAAUCUAGAUCAAAAAGCAAAUCUAAACCUAAGUCUGAUCGAGGCUCCCGUUUGCGCUCUCGGAGCAGAUCGAAGGAUGAAUAUGAGAAGUCUCGAAGCAGGUCUCAUUCUCCAUCUCUUUCCCCCAAAGAAAAUGGGGAAGGUGAGAUAAAGUCAAAACCUAGAUCAAGGAGCCAGUCUCAUUCCAAUUCACCCCUACUUGCACCACCCCCAAAGGCCCGUUCUGUGUCCCCUCCACCAAAAAGAGCUUCAAGAUCCCGUUCUAGAUCUCAUUCAAAGUCAAGAUCACGAUCCAGAUUGAGCUCCAGAAAUUAACCCACAACUCUGCAUUCU